GAAAGAGAAGGCUACAAACCAAAUAUCAGAGAAAUGCUUGUACAAACUAUUGAUACUGCUCGAUACAGUUAUAUCAUGGAUUUGCACAUUGCUUCCGGGAGG